AAAACCAAAGAUAGAACAAUGAGAUAGUUUAGUUAUACAAAUCUUUGAUAAACCUCUAGAACAAGAAGCAGUAGUAGCAGUAGUAGCAAUAGUAGCAGUAGUAGCAGUAGUAGCAGUAGUGGUAGUGGUAGUAGUAGUGGUAGUGGUAGUGGUAGUGGUAUUAGUAAGCGGAACGUUUGUGGAAGGAUAUGCGUACACACCGGGAGCGUUUACAAAACAACACUGGUUUCCGGUCAGUUUAAAUUUGAAAUGUAUAUUUUGAUAGCUACUAGUCGGGAUAGUGGUUUGACAGAGAUGUCCACGCAGUUCCCCUCGCUGUUUCCCAGGAUCACAGAGACUCUGUGGUUCAACCUGGACCGGCCGUGUGUGGAUGAGACAGAGCUACACCAACAGGAGCAACAGCACCAGACCUGGUUACAGAGCAUCGCAGAGAAGGACAAUAGCCUGAUGCCUAUUGGGAAGCCAAUUUUCGAGCAAACAUUUGACGAGGAAGAAGAGGAGGAGGAUGAGGAUGAGGAAGAUAGUGAGGAAGACUCGGAGGAUGAAGAGGACAUGCAGGACAUAGAUGAGAUGAACGACUACAACGAGUCACCGGACGACGGAGAGGUCAACGAGGUAGAUAUGGAGGGAGCAGACCAAGACCAGGACCAGUGGAUGAUCUAGACCAGAGUAAUCCUCGCUACUCUCUGAUGCCCCCUUGGUAGCGCUCCAGCUGGAUCUCCUCUGCCGGACAGUGGCUUUUGGCUGGUGAACUUUCCCUGCUGUUCACACCCACCCUGUGAAACUAAAGGGGGAGGUGUGGGCAGCGUGGGGUUUUACUGCAUGGAGAAAGUGCUGUGUGCGUGUUCUCUCAUUCAGUGUUCUACAGUUGCAAUGUGUGAAGACUGUAAACUGUAAAAGAAAUUCUCUUGAAAUAAGUGUUUUUGCAACAUUAGGAGAAAGAACCCCUGCUCCACCUCAACCUCCCCUCUGCUAGUUCUGUCCUCCCCCACAGAUCACGAGACACUCAGACCCUUUGUUUAGACUAUGCACACAUCAAACUCAAGGACAUCAGAGUGCACUCACUCCCCUCUCUGGUACUCGUUGUUCUGUGUGUGUACUUUGAUUCCCCCGUCCGUCCUUCCGUCCGUUGCCAGUCGUGUCACAUCUGAAUGGGCAUAAACCUUAGCCUGUACUCUGCACUUGUGUAAUCUGCUGUGUGUGGGUGUGCUGCCAACAGAAACCUGGAGAGUAAAAACAAACAUGCUAUAUAGAAUGUUAGCAUUCAACAAAACUGAUUUUAAAAAGGAACAUCACAGGUGCUCGUAUGUAUGUCUGUAUGUAAAGUAAAUACCUUUUUAAUUGGUCCAGUGUCUUAUGUAAAUAAAGAAAAACAUUUUGUACAGAUAAU